GGCUUAUCCGUAUGAUCCUCCGUCAGAUGAAGAUUGGUGCGACUGAGAAGACGUUGCUUGAUAUCUGGCACCCGGAUGCCGAAACCCUGUUCAACGUAUCGUCAAACCUCAGGCGUGUUUGUUGGGAGCUUUAUGACCACGGCAUCCGGCUUGAAGGCGAGAACACUGGCCUCAGCUUAAUGCAAUGCUUCCAGCCACAACUGGCUCAGUUUCAGGACAAAGUAGGAUCAUUCGAAAAGCUAGUCACCAGAUUCAAAGGAGAUUCAGAAGACGAUGCUUUCUGGAUUGAGGAGAAGCUCGAUGGUGAACGCAUGCAGCUGCACAUGGUAGAGGAUCCGGAGGCGCCAGGUGGGAAGCUGUUUGGCUUCUGGUCACGAAAGGCAAAAGACUACUCCUAUCUCUACGGAAGACACUUUCACGGCGACGAGGCUGGAGCAAUGACGCGAUUCAUAACAGACGCGUUUGGAAAGAAUGUCAGAAACAUCAUUCUUGAUGGAGAGAUGAUUACGUGGGAUAUGGAGAUUGAUCAUAUCGUUGGUUUUGGCACGCUCAAGACGGCAGCCAUAUCCGAGAAGGAGAAUACAACCAACAAGGAGACCGGUCAGCGACCACUGUUCCGAGUCUUUGACUGUGUGUAUCUAAACGACACGCUACUCACCCAAUACACGCUCCGCGACCGCCGCCGUGCUCUGGAAAGCGCUGUCAAGGGUGUACAUCGCAGACUGGAAAUUCAUCCAUACAUUGAAGCGCAUUCGCAUACCGAGAUUGAGCCUGCACUGCGCAAGGUCGUGGCUGAAUCCUCUGAGGGCCUGGUGCUAAAGAAUCCUCGUUCAAUGUAUUGCUUGAACCAACGGAACAACGAUUGGAUGAAGGUGAAGCCGGAGUACAUGUCAGAAUUUGGAGAGUCACUCGACUGUAUUGUGGUUGGCGGAUACUUUGGUUCUGGACGUCGCGGUGGCGCCCACUCCUCUUUCCUUUGUGCGUUGCUUACGCACAAGGAUGCGAGACCAGGCGACCCCAAGUAUGAGCAUUGCUGGUCGUUCUUCAAAGUUGGUGGCGGAUUUAGUCGUGACGAUUACGCUGCUUUGCGAGGUCGGACAGAAGGAAAAUGGCAUGACUGGGAUCCUCGGCGACCACCGCCGUUCAUUGAGUUGGGUGGCCAUGAGCAGAACCGGCAACAUGAAAGGCCAGACCAAUGGAUAAGACCGAGUGACUCUAUCGUACUUGAGUGUAAAGCUUCCAGCGUUGAAGGCAGCGACAAAUUCCGCUUCGCAUGGACGCUCCGCUUUCCGCGCUUCAAACAGCUACGUAUAGAUAAGCGAUGGGAUCAGGCGCUUUCCGUGCAAGAGUUUCUCGAGGUCAAAACCAGAGCGGAGAUUGAGAGGUCUGAGAAAGAAAAAGAAUUCAAGAUCGAGCAGUCACGCCGGAAAAGGGCGCGCACGACGAAGAAGCCACUAACGGUAAUGGGUAACGAUGCUAUAACGACACCAUAUGCUGGUCCAGAGUCCAAGCUCUUCGAUGGACUAAGCUUCUACGUGAUGACUGAGCAAAUACACCCGGUGAAGAAGUCAAAAGCCGAUAUUGAAGCACUUAUAAAAGCCAACGGUGGCAGCAUCGUACAACGCGACUCGACAGACAAGAACCUCAUCAUUAUCGCAGACAAACGACUGAUCAAGGUCGCUUCCCUGGAAAAGCGUGCCACAAACAACAUUGUCAAGCCGAUUUGGAUCCAAGACUGCAUCACUCAAAACCAAGUAGAUGCUAGUGCAAUACCGUAUCUACUUCCUUUUGAGCCGAACAGACACAUGUUCUACCUCCACGACGACGAUCAGUUCGAAUUCGAGAGCCACGUAGACGACAACGGCGACUCAUAUGCACGAGACAUUGCAGACGUGGAAGAGAUGAGAAGAUUGCUUGACGGUAUGACGCAGCCGGAACAGCACACCAUGUUCAACCAAGAAGAGUUUCUGGAGCAGCUGGAAGACCAUGGCAAGUCCAUGGAGCAACUGAAGACCCGCAUGUUCCGUGGCGUCAAGGCUGCAUUUCAUAACCACGAGGAGAGUACGGCGUGGAUGUUGAGGGCACAUCUGGUUAAAAACUAUCUCCGUUUUGGCGAUGCACUGAUUGCUGGUGACGAAGAGGAAGAUGGAGUCACACAUAUCAUUGUUCCAGAGGAAAAAUCUUCAUCGAAGAGAGAGAAUUCAAAGGUCAGUGGACUUGCUCGAGUAGUCGGCGUAGGAUGGGUAGAAAAGUGUUGGGAGGAAGGC